GAGAUCGAGUCCGUGGCCAACAUCUACCACGCGUGCGGCGGCGACCUGGAGCGCAUCGCGCACGACUACCACCUCGACCUGGAGGCGUUGACGGGCCACCUCCGGCCCAGCGACGCCAAGGACUUCGCCCGGAACCUGCUGAACGGCACGUACACCGGCGACGACGACGCGGUGGCGAUCAGAAACCUCCGCCAGCAGUUGCAGAAGGACCUCCAGGAGCAGGCCGCCCGGCUCCGGAAGGUCGACCGCCGGCCGUCGGCCAAGGGCCCCGUCGGCCCCGCGGCCUCGGACGUCGAGGCGCUGACGCGGUUCUACUCGGACUACGGCGGCGACUUGGACAGGGUGGCGGGCAUCUGUGGUGCGGACAGGAAGCUGCUGGAGAGGAACCCACCGAAGGACGCCGAGGACUUCGCCAGGAAGCUGCUGGGCGGCGUCUACAGCGGCGACGGUGGCGACGACUCCACCGUGAACGUGCGCGAUCAGUUCUUGCAGAAUAUCAGAGCCAACGCGGUGCAGCUGAAGCGCACUGGAGGGGUCAAGGAGGCCUCUGGCGAGGCCAGGGCAGCGGACAUCGAGGUGGUUGCCAGGAUCUACACCGACAGCGGCGGCGACCUCGCCAAGAUUUCCCAGGUUUGCGGCGCCAGCGUGGAGCUCAUGAAGAAGAAGCCGCCCGCCGACGCGAGCGACUUCGCCAAAAACCUGCUGGAGGGCCUCUACACCGGCGACGUCAGCGAGAUGGCCAAGAUGAACCUCCGCGAGAGGCUCGUUGCGGGCGACCUGCGGGACAAGGCCCUGAACCUGAGGAAAGUGGAGACGAAGCAGAGCAGCUCCAGGCCGCAGCUCCUGCCUGCGGCUGCCUCGCUGGGGCCCGUGGCCUCCUCGGAGAG